AUGCUUAUCUCGGGAAAGUCCCAUAACUUCAGUAUCACCAGCGGUCUCGGUACCCUCUUCAGCCCUGAUACCAUCUUCAUCGUCUACCCAGACGUUCAAUCCACCCUCGGAAACGUCAACUAUGACAACCUUGCCACCGGGUUUUGGGGCCCAUUUCCGGGUUCGAUUCGACAGCUUUCACUUGGAUCACGACCACAAGCCAUCGUCAUCACCAUCGCCGUCCUCAUCUCCACCAUCAACCUCCUCCUCGCAGUCAUCAGAUCCAUGUACUCAGAUAUCACUGCAACGACCUCGACUACGUUUAUUUCUACGACUAGUGCGCUUCAGUGCCCCUUAGACUAUAGCAACGACGAACAUUCCAGCUCCUCGAAUGGUCCUCACCGUCUCGACCCGGAUGACACCACCACCACCACCACUACUAGCAAACCCCCACCCAGUGUGACAGCACUAGGAUUAAGUCCGAGCCAGUGCGUUCUUCAGAUGGAUUCUGCUCGGACAUCAAUUACUUGGCCUUGGACUCCCGGGGGCGGGCUGGUUUUGAGAAAUGAUCUUGACGCGGCUGGCGUGACUACAUUUACCGAGGCGGCUAAGACCAAUUACAUGCAGGGCACCAGAACCAGCUUGUUACGCUGGCUGAGCUCAACGACUAAUGCGGUCAAUUGCGGUCCUUCAAUUGUCAGCUUUUCAGGACUGGAAUACCAAGCUGCCUUGGACGCCGCACCCGACGACACGAGCGAAGAACAUCAACGGAAACAACAGGCUAUGCCUAGUAUUGACCACGUAUUCGAAAAGAAUUGGCUUCUUAUGUUUUUCUGGAAUAUCAUCGACCCAAAUGCCCCGCCACUGUCCAGUGUACCUAGUCAAUUUCAUGUUAUCCGACAAAUCAAUUGCAUCGACCUUCACAACUUCUUUUUUGGGGUCCAUCGGUCGAGAAACACAAUGGGCGAGCUUUUCAAUGCUAUGCCUGGCGGUGACGCCAACUUCUUGAGCCUUGCAGUCUCCAAUCCAACCGACUUCACUCUGAGGUGCAACACUAUAUUGGCCGCAAAGUGGAGGAUUCGGCCGACUGAUGAUUUUGAUGGCGGGUACAGGAAAUUCCAAGAGUGCAUCACCUGGGUGCAAGACAUCUGGCUUGGGUUCGAGGCGCUUAACAGACCAGAUAUGGACAAUAUUUUGACCGAGACCCUGUGGCAAGUUUGGGAUGUUUUCAACAGGAAGAUAAUGGAGCAGGUUGCGCGGGAUGAGAACUUCGGUGCCGACAAGUUUCCUAUCGCGCAAAGAUUUACAGAGUACAUGAAAACACUGCAAUCCAACAUAAACACGGAGUCGAACAACAGAGUUCCGCAGCUCUUCAACACUCUUCAAACCGAUUUGAAUAUUUUACGCCCACUUGCUCUCCAUCCAGACCAGGUGGGCUUAUAUAAUGGAGUGGAGACCAAACUGAACUUUUUCCGCAGCUUCGCAAUGAACUCUGGCAAGUGGACGUGGGACUCUGAUCUUGGUAUGAACACAUAUCAUACUCCACCCUCCCCUCCAUCACCUGCGUCACCAACGUCCGAGUGCGGUGAAUUGUCCGGUAUAUCUACCUGCAGUGCCGCGGCGGCUACAGAUAGCACAAAGAUGACCUCCAUGUCCGCCACAGAGGUCACGCAUAGUCAACCGACACCCGUGCUGCAUGUGUGGAAGUUGGAAUGGGAUUGCACGCUUACAGGCAAUGUCAAUGCACCGUAUCGGUGGACACCAAUAGUCCACUAUCUUCAAGUGAACCACCAGGGCCGGGCUCUCGACUCCAUCACCGCAGUCAACUCCAUCAUCGCAGUCGACUCCAUCGUCGCAGUCAGCUCCAUCAUCGCAGUCGACUCCAUCACCGCAGUCAACUCCAUCAUCGCAGUCAGCUCCAUCACCCCAUUCAACUGCAUCGGCGUCGGAGCCGGCGCUACCGCCGCCUUCAGAUCAGUCGAUACUCUCCGCCCCUGCUGUCGUUACUACGGCUCCACUGACUCCUCCCGCUCUUUCUGGAUGCGUCAUUUGGGCCGGUAUCUCCACUACCUCCGGGACCUGUUCGUGAUCCUUUCGUGA